AUGGCGAUGAUCGCGCUCUUCAUCACCAACCAGCACGGCAGCUUAAUUUACUACAAGAGUCUCAACGGCCGUGACGCUUUCUCGUCGAACGAUGCCAUCCGCCUAGCCAGCACACUGCACGGACUCUCGACCAUCGCGCCGAAACUCUGUGUGCCCAAUUCAGCGCAAGUGCAAACGCUGCUGCCGCAGCCGAAAGGUAACGGUUUCCGCCCUCCCCCUGAGCGCCAUGCAGGCAUAACGUGCAUAGAAUCCAGCUCCUUCAGGCUCCAGUGCUACGAGACCCUGACAGGUAGGGAUGACAUCGGUCCGGCAGUCGCACACCUGUCGUUAGGUCUGAAGAUCUGCAUAGUGUGCACUCCUCAGGGGCCCUCCAGGGAGCACGUCAACGUCAUCCUCAGCUACGUCUACGAGCUGUACGCGGACUUCGUGCAGAAGUGCCCGUUCCACCAGACUGACAUGCCCGUGCGUUCAGAGCUAUUCGACGACCGCAUCACGGCAUACUUUGCGGAGCUAUCCACCUAA